GCAUCAUAUUAACCAUUUGAUGGUACAGUAUAAUCUUCCAAGAUUGCAGUACUUGACAAAUUUCUGCCUAAAAUCAAGCAUCAUUUGCUUGCAAAACCAUGGAAGAUAGGCCUAGCUGAAUCUUUCAAAAUGCGGUCCACUUGAAAGGAGCUUGUCAGCAAUUACUAAUCUUUCAAAGGACCAUUUACAAAAGAAUCAAAUAAAGCUAAACAAAAACCAGAAACAUUCUAAUUCCAAAAGAAUAUUACCACCUGCAACAAAAAAGACCACAGCCCACCACUAAACUAGUUGUCUAAUUCAACAGGUGUAAGUGGUUAGCCUGGAACCCUUCCCCAAUCCCAAAAUCACCAUUCAGUAGUAAAUUAAUCGCCUCCCUAAUCCCAACCCCAUACAUAUAUACGCGCACCCACACCCAUCAACAACACCGCACCUCACCGCAGCUUCAUCGCAAAUCCAAAACAAAACGCCUCCGCCGACGACCCGCACCCGCGCCCGAUAGCUCCCCUCCUCCGCGGCCCGCUUCGCCUUCUCCGGCGAGAAACCCCCACACCGGUCUCACCGGCGGCCAUGCCGGCUACGGACUACCAGGGCUCCUCCUCCUCCUCCCACUCCCCGUUCGCCUCCUUCGGCCGCUCGCUGCUGUCCCGGACCCGGGACACCCCGGCGUCCCCCGCCAUGCUUCCGUCCGGCGGGGAGGCCGAGGCCGAGGCGUUCCAGCGGCGCGUCGCCGUCAGCCUCGCGGAGCUGGGGGACGGGGAGGGGUUCCUCUCCGUCGCGUGGAUCCGGCGGCUCCUCGAGGCGUUCCUGCUCUGCCAGGAGGAGUUCCGGGCGGUGGUGGCCGAGGUGCGGCGCCGCGGCGGUGGAGGUGCGCAGGCGGAGAGGCUGGUGGGCGAGUACCACGAGCGCGCGGUGAAGGCCCUCGACGUGUGCAACGCCGCCCGCGACGGGGUUGACCAGGUCCGGCGCUGGGGUCGGCUCGCCGGCAUCGCGGCGUCCGUGCUGCUCGCCCCCGGGGAGAUCCACGAGGGCCAGCUCCGCCGCGCGAGGAAGGCGCUGUCCGACCUCUCGAUCCUCCUCGUCGACGACGCGGCCGCCGCCGGGGGCGGGGGCGGCGUCGCCUCCUUCCUCGCCUCCCACCGCAACCGCUCCUUCGGCCGCGGGAGCCGCGCUUCCCCGUCUCGCGCGUCCUCCGCCUCGUCCUCUUCCUCCUCCUCCUCGCACUUCCGCUCGCUCUCGUGGAGCGUGUCCCGCACCUGGUCGGCGUCGCGGCAGCUGCAGGCCAUCGGGUCCGGCCUGGCGGCGCCGCGCGCGCACGAGGCGGGCCUCGCCGCUCCUGUCUACGCAAUGGGAUGCCUGCUGCACCUCGCUUCGUGGGCGCUCGUCGCGGCCGUCCCGUGCCCAGACCGCGUCGCGGCGCUCCAGGCGCACCACCUCCCCGCCGCGCCGCCACGCGGGGCAUUCGCGUGGGCGCCGCCGCUCCUGGCGCUCCAGGACCGGCUCACCGAGGAGGGGAAGCGCAAGGACAGGCGCAAUUCCUGCGGCCUCCUCAAGGAAAUCCACGCGCUUGAGAAGUGCGCGCAGAGGCUCGCCGAGGCGAUCGACGCAGCGCCCAUCCCGCUCACCGGAGAGAGGGAGGCCGCGGUGCGGGAGGCCGCCACGGAGCUCGCCGCCGUGUGCAGCGCCAUGAAGGACGGCCUGGAGCCGCUGGAGAGGCAGGUCCGGGAGGUGUUCCACCGCAUUGUGCGCAGCCGCAUGGAGGGCCUCGACUCGCCGAUGCCCAACGCCGCCGACUGAACCAUCCGUCAUCAAGAAUCCGCAUUUUGGCCGCGCGCUGCGGCGGUGAUAGGUAGCUCCUCUCCUGUCCGUGGUUUCUGGUCACCCGUGAUCUGUCUCGCAGUCAGUAGUAGUAGUAUAAGUUUACAAUGUGUAUCGUGCUGUAAAGGAAAGGGGAAAGGGAAGGAACCAUCUUUCUGCAAAGAUUUAUUCCUUCUUCUCAUGUUUUGAUGCUGCAUUUGGUGUGUGUAUCAUCAGAUUUUUGUUAGUCGUCGUCUACGACAUGUGUGCGCGGCUAAUUCUUGAGCUGCUUGCGUCUGCGAGAUCGCUUGCUCUGAUGUUAGAAUGUGUCACAGAAAGAAGGAAAAAGAAGAAGAAAAUUACUGGAGUGAA